AACCAAAAAAAACUCCUCUCUCUAUCAUUUAUUCAUCUUCCUUAUUUAUUCACUCUUUCUUCUUCCACCAUUUUCCCGACCAUUUUUUCUCUCUCCACCAUUAAAUAUUAAUUAAAUUAAAACUAUAUAAUCUUCAUCUUAUUCAAAAUAUUUAAUAAUAUUAUUUAUAAAAUUUUAUAUUUUUAUUUUGAUGGACCGUCGUUAUAAUUAUAAUCUUUAAUUUCCCUCCUUUUUUUGAUAAUUUUUACUUCAAAAAUAAAAAUAAAAAAAUAAAAAAAAUAAAAAUGGCUUUUCAUCAACACCAUCUUUCACAAGCAGAAAUGGCGGCACAAUUUGGCGGAGACCAAACGACGUCGUCAAAUCCUCAUCACCAACCAAACUGGCUAACGUCAGCUCUUCUUACCUCCUCAGCCGGCGCUGGUGGACCUAACAACUUCUUAAACCUUCACUCGGUCGAUGACUCAGCGGGUAUCUCAGCGAUUCCUGCUCAACCUGGUGAGUUGACUCACAAUGAGGAUUCUGGUAAGCCGGAGAUUGGUGACGGAGAUGGUUCCACCGGUGGAGGAGGAGAACAGCAACAACAGCAGAUGAAUUGGCAGAAUGUGAAGUGUAAAGCGGAGAUAUUAGGACAUCCACUUUACGAACAGUUAUUGUCGGCGCAUGUAGCGUGUUUAAGGAUCGCAACUCCGGUGGAUCAGUUGCCGAGAAUUGAUGCGCAACUUGCGCAAUCGCAGAAUGUUGUUUCUAAGUAUUCUGCGCUUGCUAAUGGUCAUGCUUUGGUUGGUGAUGAUAAAGAAUUGGAUCAAUUUAUGACACAUUAUGUGCUGUUGUUAUGCUCCUUUAAGGAACAACUACAACAACAUGUUCGUGUCCAUGCAAUGGAAGCUGUGAUGGCGUGCUGGGAAAUUGAGCAAUCUCUUCAAAGCUUGACAGGGGUCUCUCCUGGUGAAGGCACAGGAGCAACUAUGUCUGACGAUGAUGAUGAUCCCCUAGACAGUGAUAGUAACUUGUUCGAUGGAGGUUUGGAUGGUCCAGACACCAUGGGAUUCGGACCUCUAGUCCCAACAGAGAGUGAGCGGUCACUGAUGGAGCGUGUGAGGCAAGAGCUUAAGCAUGAGCUAAAACAGGGCUACAAAGAUAAAAUUGUGGAUAUUAGGGAAGAAAUCUUGCGCAAGAGAAGGGCCGGGAAACUCCCUGGUGAUACCACCUCUGUCUUAAAGGCUUGGUGGCAAUCACAUUCCAAGUGGCCAUACCCAACAGAGGAAGACAAGGCAAGAUUAGUACAAGAGACUGGCUUGCAGCUAAAACAGAUCAACAAUUGGUUCAUCAAUCAGAGGAAAAGAAAUUGGCAUAGCAACCCAUCAAGUUCCAGUGCAUUAAAGAGCAAACGCAAAAGGUAAAACGACAACAAAUCGUUCCAUGUUGAUGAACAACAUCUUUUAACAUAGUUCUGUGAUACCGUGGUUUUGAGAGACUGAAGUGGAGAAACUCUGCUAAUGAAGUGGUAAAGGAUUUUGUCAUUGCCGGGCUAGUUACGUGGGCAUAGUAGAGGGUGAUUUGUCCGACUUAUAUAUAGACUUAUCCACAUGGGUGUACCCGCUCUAGUAGGAAGAUCUGCAGAAUGAUAGGAAUAUAUAAAUCAGAUGAAAUGUUGUAGGAGUCACUAUUCUUGGUGAUUCUAUAAUUUUGUAAUCUUUCCUUGCAAAUAUAGUAUUUGUAAUACACUUAUGGGGGUGUGGAAUUGUGGAUGUACAGAUUAAGCACUUUAUUUUCCUUUAUACUUGAUAUAGUGCAAUUACAUAA